CACGGACGAAGAAGACUACAUGCCACACGAGAAAUCUUAGAACAUUUCUGGAACAUUUGCGUUCAUUAAAAAUGUAUGUGGAAAUAUUUCGUGCAUUUUCAUUAGCAGUCUAUCUAUCACUACAAUGUGUUAGUACCAUCCAUUAAUAUUAGCUGGAUCAUUUAAUAUGGAUUGAUGAAAUAUAAUAGAUUUGAGAAUGUCAAGGAAGUUCUGCUAUUAGCUACUACCGUUACCUACAGUAGUGCAAGUUAUGGCACUAUCAAAGCAAGACGACACAGCCAAUGUUGUACUCCCUGGAGAGGAACCCAAAGACAGAUUGCCAUGUCUUACCCAACCAGUCCAAAGCAAAACAUCUACUGGCAGGACUUUGAAUGAGAAAGAGAUGGAGAAACUGACAGGUGACCAGACUUUGGUGUCUGACUUCAAGCAGAUGAAGUUGGAAAAGGAGGCACAGAAAAACUGGGACUUGUUUUACAAAAGGAACACUACAAACUUUUUCAAGGAUAGGCAUUGGACCACCAGAGAGUUUGAAGAACUGAAAGUGUGCCUUGAGGUAAGAAGAUGGUGUAGGAUGUUGUUAGGUUCCCAACUAGGGGUGCAUCUCAAUAUGGUACGUUUCUCUCUCUCAGUUUGAAGCCCAGAGGCUGGUCCUGCUUGAAGCUGGCUGUGGGGUUGGGAACUGCAUCUUCCCACUACUGGAGGAAGACCUCAACAUCUUUGUCUAUGCCUGUGACUUCUCACCACGAGCUGUGGAGUUUGUGAAGGUAAGAAGAUGUACCACUAAUGACCCGGAGCUAGUGAGACUUUUAACAAAACAACCCUGAUGUCCAGAGUCAUUUUCUCUUUGUCCUCAGCAACACCCCCUGUACUGCACUGAGCGCUGCAGUGCGUUCCAGUGUGACCUGACUAAAGAUGACCUGAGGGGUAAUGUCCCAGUGGGCAGUGUGGAUGUGGCCACGCUCAUAUUCGUCCUCUCAGCCAUCCACCCAGACAAGAUGCAGCAGGCUCUGGACAACAUUUACAGGGUGAGACAGGGCUGAGGAAAAGCAUGAAACUGCAGUAAACACUUUAAACACCCUCAAAAUAACUCGUGACUGAAUUGACAUUCUCUGUGUCAGGUUCUGAAGCCAGGGGGCAUCAUUCUGUUCAGGGACUAUGGCCUGUAUGACCACGCCAUGAUGAGGUUUAAGGCCGGAAACAAACUGGGAGAGAACUUCUACGUCAGGCAGGACGGCACCAGGUCUUAUUUCUUCUCCAAAGGUCAGUCCAUUCCUCUUUCUCUUUCCUCUCCUACAUUUUCCCUCGUAGUAGUUCUUUUAGCUUUUUUGUCUUUCUUUCUUUCUUUCUCUCAUCACAUAACGCACAAGCAGUAAGCAGUCGGUCUCUUCUAUGGGACUCUUUCUCUGUUUAUACAUUUUUCUUCUUCUUCGAUGAGGUUUAACGGCAGUUGGCAUCCAAUAAAUGUUGCAUUACUGCCACCUACUAGACUGGAGUUUAACUCCCUUAUACUUUUCUUUUUUUUAAAAUAUACAAAAAAAUAAUAAUACUAAUACCCUAUCAUCUAACACUACACUCACAAAACAUUAAAAAUAAAUAAAAAAUAUCAUACUCCACUAUUUAAAUCUAUUUUGUCCUACUUCAGGCCAACAGCCUGAAAGGAUCGGACAUCGCCACUUAACACACCCUGUAACUCUUCCGAUGUCAAGUCUUGCACACCAAAAUACCUCUCCGUAGCUGCCACCACAACCUCUAUUUUCUGCUACUUACGUUCCAUCCCUGCAGUAGAGUUGAUAACCAUUGCUAUAAAUGCCAAAAAUCCAAUCUUACUGAAACAUACAGUACCAGUCAAAAGUUUGGACACACCUACUCAUUCAAGGGUUUUUCUUUAUUUUAUACAAUUUUAUACAUUGUAUAAUAAUAGUGAAGACAUCAAAACUAUGAAAUAACACAUAUGGAAUCAUGUACUAACCCAAAAAGUGUUAAACAAAUCAAAAUAUAUUUUAUACUUGAGAUUCUUCAAAUAGCCACUCUUUGCCUUGAUGACAACUUUGCACACUCUUGGCAUUCUCUCAACCAUCAUAACCAGGAAUGCUUUUCCCACAUAUGCUGAGCACUUGUUGGCUGCUUUUCCUUCACUCUGUGGUCCGACUCAUCCCAAACCAUCUCAAUUGGGUUGAGGUCGGAGAAUAGUGGAGGCCAGGUCAUCUGAUGCAGGACUCCAUCACUCUCCUUCUUGGUAAAAUAGCCCUUACACAGCCUGGAGGUGUGUUGGGUCAUUGUCCUGUUGAAAAACAAAUAAUAGUCCCACUAAGCCCAAACCAGAUGGGAUGGCGUAUCGCUGUAGAAUGCUGUGGUAGCCAUGCUGGUUAAGUGUGCCUUGAAUUCUAAAUAAAUCACAGUCAGUGUCACCAGCAAAGCACCCCCACACCAUAACACCUCCUCCUCCAUGCUUUACGGUGGGAACUACACAUGCGGCGAUCAUCCGUUCACCCACACCGCAUCUCACAAAGACACUGCGGUUGGAACCAAAAAUCUCCAAUUUGGACUCCAGACCAAAGGACACAUUUCUACCAGUCUAAUGUCCAUUGCUCGUGUUUCUUGACCCAAGCAGGUUUCUUCUUAUUAUUGGUGUCCUCUAGUAGUGUUUUUUUUGCAGCAAUUUGACCAUGAAGGCCUGAUUCACACAGUCCCCUCUGAACAGUUGAUGUUGAGAUGUGUCUGUGACUUGAACUCUGUGAUGCAUUUAUUUGGGCUGCAGUUUCUGAGGCUGGUAACUCUAAUGAACUUAUCCUCUGCAGCAGAGGUAACACUGGGUCUUCCAUUCCUGUGGCGGUCCUCAUGAGAGCCAGUUUCAUCAUAGCGCUUGAUGGUUUUUGCGAGUGCACUUGAAGAAUCUUUAAAGGUUCUUGAAAUGUUCCGUAUUAACUGACUUUCAUGUGUUAAAGUAAUGAUGGACUGUCAUUUCUCUUUGCUUAUUUGAGCUGUUCUUGCCAUAAUAGGGACUUGGUCUUUUACCAAAUAGGGCUAUCUUCUGUAUACCACCCCUACCUUGUCACAACACAACUGAUUGGCUCAAACGCAUUAAGAAGGAAUUAAAUUCCACAAAUUAACUUUUGAAAUGCAUUCCAGGUGACUACCUCAUGAAGCUGGUUGAGAGAAUGCGAAGAGUGUGCAAAGCUGUCAUCAAGGCAAAGGGUGGCUAUUUGAAGAAUCUGAAAUAUAAAAUACAUUUUGAUUUGUUUAACACUUUUUUGGUUACUACAUGAUUCCAUAUGUGUUAUUUCGUAGUUUUGAUGUCCACUAUUAUUCUGUAAUGUAAAAAUAAAGAAAAACCCUUGAAUGAGUAGGUGUGUCCAAACUUUUGACUGGUAGUGUAUAUCACUUGUUGGUUUAUCCCUCUGUACUGGUAUAGGUCUACUACUCACACCACUCCUCUCAGGAUCCCUCCCCCUUGACCCAUCUUCCUCUACUUUCUUCACUGCCUCAGCAUAUGACAACUUCUGCACUACUCUAACCCUGGAAACCUCAACCUGCCUCUCUUGCAUGGGCACCCCUACAUUUAACACAUACCACUGCUUUCCCCAAUGCUACACAUUCCUUGGUCUUAUGCCCUUCUGCACACUUCUCACAUCUAGGAACCUCCCUCCUACACACUGCUGCCACAUGCCCAUAAGCUUGACACCUGUAACAAUGUAAUGUAUUCAGCACAAAAGCUCGUACAGGAUAACUUAUAUAUCCUAAUAUCACUUUGUCGGGCAAAGACUCAACAUCAAAACUCAAAAGAACAGACAAUGACUCGACUGUUUCUCCACUCACUCCAACCUGUCUGCGUCUCACCAAACGACGAGCAUCACAAACACGGGAAUCUUCUCCUUCAGUUGGUCAGCUUUCACAUUUACCGCUACCCCAGUAAUCACUCCUUUCAAUGGCUCCUUUUUCUUGAGAGCAAAACAAUUCACAUAUCUUGUCCCCAUUCAUUUAACACGGAGCUCCUGCUCCCUCUGACCAGCAGAAACACAAACAAUUAUCACUAGACCACUUCUGGUUACCCUCACCGAUUCCACAGCACCCAACUCUGUUUUCACCCAACCUGAAACCACAAAUGGAUCAGCCAAAAGGCAAGGGUCCACUUUUUCCAAAAACGUCACUCCUACUGUCACAGACUCAUCUUUAUCCUGACCCUCGGUGCAAGCCUCGGGCCCCGAGAACUUCACCACACCUACCACCUCCGAUACUUCGCCCUCAUUCACUUCCAUUUCUCCUAUUGUCUUCAACUCACUCUGCUUACACUUUCUACCAUUCUCCUUUAACAAACCAUCUCCCUUAUUUCUGCCAUUUUUAACCGACUCAAGCUCACCCUCUUCCUCCCUCUCUCUCUCUUAGACCUCCUCUGCCUCUCUUUUUCCCUCCAUUCCUCCUCCGUAUUCCAAGUCUAACUCUCCUGAUGAUAAUACUGCAUGUCUCCUGACAUACAUCUUGUUCUUGCCUUGUCAAGGGACGCCAUUUAACCGGCUGUCACAAUCUCCGUACAAUCUAUACAUUUUCAUCUGAACCUUCUGUGUUUCAGAGCUCUUAGCUGACCUGUUCAGAGGGGCGGGGUUCGAGAGUGUAACCAAUGAGUACGUGCUACGAGAAACGGUCAAUAAGAAGGAGGGACUUUGUGUGCCCAGGGUGUUCCUUCAAAGCAAGUUCCGAAGGCCAGACCAAUUACAGAGCUCCUGAAGUCCCUUUCCGCAACAAAUGUUUGAAACCUUCAAAGGCACAAAUGGACUGAAACCUUCAUAUAUAAACGGAUAUCAUUGGACAAAAGCCUACACUGCCGUAUUGCUGAUCAAGUGCCGUUUGUUUGAAUAUGCUUUUUUAUUAAUAAAACUCAGUGGUGGAAAAAGUACCCAAU